AUGGAAGUCGCUGUCUUGCUACUGCUACUGAUUUCUGUGGCGCGAGAAGUGUCCAGUAAAUCGGAGUGCAUGCAAAUUGUUGGAACACUUGUUUGUCCAGGACGCCCGGUGCUUGCUGGAAAUGUGCAGAUCGACUUGAAGGAUGAUGAUCGUAAGUUAUUACUUUUACCGAAUUUCGUGAGAUUUCCAAUAAAUGCCCUAUAUUCUUUCGAAUAA